UGCGAGAUUUUGUUUUAGUACUAUUACUUUUGUAGGGUUGUUAAACUUCGAAGAAAUGGCACUUCCGAUAAGCUGUAGAAGAUUUAGCGAUAAUUAUGACAUUAAAGAAGAGCUAGGAAAGGGUGCAUUCUCAAUAGUAAAAAGAUGUGUUCAAAAGGCUACUGGACUAGAAUAUGCAGCAAAAAUCAUCAGUACAAAGAAGCUAUCAGCAAGAGACUUUCAGAAAUUGGAGCGAGAGGCAAGGAUAUGCCGUAAAUUGAACCAUCCUAACAUAGUACGACUACAUGAUAGCAUACAGGAAGAAGGGUUUCACUACUUGAUAUUUGACUUAGUUACAGGUGGGGAGUUGUUUGAAGAUAUUGUAGCCAGAGAGUAUUAUAGUGAGAGUGAUGCCAGCCACUGUAUUCAGCAGAUUUUGGAGAGUGUAAACCAUUGUCAUCAGAAUAGUAUCGUGCAUAGAGAUCUUAAGCCAGAAAAUUUACUCCUUGCAAGCAAAGCUAAAGGAGCAGCUGUAAAACUUGCUGAUUUUGGUCUUGCUAUUGAAGUACAGGGAGACCAGCAAGCUUGGUAUGGUUUUGCAGGAACCCCAGGCUACCUGUCACCAGAGGUUCUCAAGAAAGAUCCUUAUGGAAAACCAGUUGAUAUAUGGGCAUGUGGUGUGAUCCUGUAUAUCUUGUUAGUGGGUUAUCCUCCAUUUUGGGAUGAAGAUCAGCAUAGGCUUUAUGCUCAGAUCAAAGCUGGUUCAUACGAUUAUCCAUCACCUGAAUGGGAUACUGUAACCCCAGAAGCAAAGAAUCUCAUAAAUAGCAUGUUGACUGUUAACCCAGUAAAGAGAAUCACAGCAGCAGAAGCCCUAAAACAUCCAUGGAUUUGUCAACGUGAGAGAAUUGCAUCAACGCUUCACCGUCAAGAAACUGUUGAAUGUCUCAAGAAGUUUAAUGCUCGUCGUAAACUUAAGGGAGCUAUUUUAACCACCAUGCUAGCUACAAGAAACUUCUCAAGUCGAAGUAUUAUAGCAAAAAAAGGAGAUGGUUCACAAGUGAAAAAUUCAACUGACAGCAGCACAACGUUAGAAGAUGAUGAUGUUAAAGAUGGUCCCUCAGGGCCUCAAAGAAGUAAAACUGUUAUACAAGUUGAUUCAGUUAAAACUUCAACUCCUGACAGUAACCUAAUUUCCAAGCUUGUCAAGAGAUCAGAUCAAAAACAACCACCAGCAAUAGCAAUAAGGAUCAGUAAUGGCAAUACAUCAGAUCCACGAAAAGCUGAAGUCAUCAAAAUUACUGAACAGCUCCUUGAGGCAAUCAACAUUAGUGACUUUGACAUUUAUACGAAAAAUUGUGACCCCCAGAUGACAGCCUUUGAACCUGAAGCUUUAGGUAAUUUGGUAGAAGGAAUGGAUUUUCACAAGUUUUACUUUGAUAUUGGUAAUUUCAGCAUCUGUUUAUUUUUUUGUUAUAUAUCACUUGAAUGUACAGGGUAUCCCAGAAGCCUGGACUCAUUGGGAAAAAUACACCAUUUUUUCUCAAUUUAUUUAUUAUUCAAAUUACAUACAAUUAACAGUCAUACACAUAUCAAUCUUGGUAUACUGUACCAUCAGGCUAUUUCCUUUCCUGAAAUAUGUAGAACUGACAUUAAAAAAUGUGUUUGUUUAACUUUAAGAAUAUAAUGUCUAUUUUUCCCUAUGGGUCCAGACUUCUCGGACACCCUGUAUUUGCUCUGUACCUGAAUUUUAAAACUAUUAAUGUAAAAUUUAUAUCAGGAUAUUGUUAAAGCUGCCUAUUUAUUUAUUUAAAAUUUUAUUCGAAUCCUUAAAAUGUAGCUUAUUUAAUUUUGUCCAGCUAAAAUGAGUUUGAAAAAAAAAAAACUGUAACCAUGUCUGGAUAUGUAAUUACUUUAUUAGUAUAAAGUGUGGUGGAGUUAUUAGUGAGGAUCACUGUAGUAUAGAAAAUUUAAAUUUAACCCGUACAUGAAAAAUUGCUUCAAUUAAGAACUAUAUAAACAUUCUCAGUCUUCAAGAUAUAAAGGAAAAUAUUUAACUGGUUGGAUAGUGAUCAUCCUAAAAAAUUGAAAGUGUGGAGGUGUGAAUGGUGUGAAUUUGGAGGCCUUCACAUUUUUACUUUAUAUCAGUUAUUGCACUAUUCAAGAAGUUGUGAAUUUCAAAAAUCUUGUUGCCAUUCUGUUGAAUAAUUACUUGUGUCAAUAAGGUCAUCUUUAUUAUAUGUUUUUUUUUCUCUCUCAUGCUACACCUCAUUAGUUUUAUUCAAUAAUUACUGUGUGUGUGUAUUUGAUGGUUACUACUUAAGAUGAGAAAAUGACAUUUUAGAACCAUAAGAUAUGAUAAUUUUAAACAAUUUUAGUUUGCUGACAACUUGAGUAUGUUGUUAAAGAAGCAUUCCACAGUUCCCAUGUCCAUUUUUGAAGUUUCUUAUUAAAACGUUUGAAAAUAAUUGUUGAAGCCAUUAUUAGGGACAAGUUAGAAAGUAUUAACCAGUUAAAAACUACAAGCUAUAAUCUGGCAUCUUUAUCAUAGCUGCUGUUCUUAUUUGAAGUUGUGAUGUUAUCCUAGGAGUGGAGUGUUUUGUUUCAUUGUAAGGAACAUUGUUUUUCCUGGUUUUCCAUAUACAACUUUGUAAAUGAUCAAUCCUUGUGGAAAAAAUAGUUUCACAAUAGUAAAAAAAAAGAGUGAGUAUUUUAAGUCAUUUUUCCCUCUUUACUUCUGGACUAUUUGAAGCGGUCAGGGAUGUUAUUUAAGAGGGGGAUAAUAUGCUAUGGUGAAUGGACCGUGAGAUUACACAUUAUGAAAGUCCUUGUAUUCCUGUGUGAAUGACUUGGAAAUAAUUUAAAAGAAGACUGGCAAGAUGAGGGACCAAAGUGAAUAUUAGAGCUAGUAUUCAAAUAGUAUCUUGUGUUUUUGAUACCAAUUUCAGAUCACAGGGAUCAACAGAAAAAUAAUGUUGAACAUUUGCAUUUUGUUCAGAAGGGUGCUGUUGUGUAACAAAAAUA